UCGAGAACAAUGGUGCGGUUUGGACAGCUGGAGACAGAUGGGCAAUUGAACCAAUCAUCACUCCCGACAGCGAGCGGGACACACCUUUUUGGUGACGUCGAAAAAAUACAAGGAAGGAAAAAAAUGAACUACCAAUACGGAAAGGGGUAUCCUGGAGCAGGACACCCAGCACCGAAUAGCCCUUACAUUGGAGGCAGCGGUCCAUAUGGAUCUGCACCCUCAGCUCCAUACGGCGGUGCAUCAGUUCCACCGGGAGGCCCGUAUGGCCCAGGUCAAGGCGGCCACUAUGGACCUGGACCAGGGGCCGCGGGUUACGGGGGACAGCCUCAUGGUGCGCCUUAUCGCCCCCCUGCUCCUUCAGGGAACAUCCCCCCUGGUGUCAACCCAGAGGCCUACCAGUGGUUCCAGACUGUCGACACGGACCACAGCGGCUUCAUCAACCUGAAGGAGCUCAAGCAGGCGCUCAUCAACUCCAACUGGUCAAAUUUCAACGACGAGACGUGCCUCAUGAUGCUCAACAUGUUUGACAAGACAAAGUCAGGCCGUAUGGACCUUUUUGGUUUCUCUGCGCUGUGGGAGUUCAUGCAGAGGUGGAGGGCGCUCUUUCAGCAAUACGACAGGGACCGCUCAGGAUCGAUCAGUAGCACUGAGCUACACCAAGCCCUCGCCCAGAUGGGCUACAACCUGACUCCCCAGUUUUCCGAGUCGUUGGUGCGGCGCUUCAGCGCGCACCCUGCACGUCCCGGCGUGCAUCUGGACCGCUUCAUCCAGGUGUGCACGCAACUGCAGAGCAUGACGCAGGUCUUCAGGCAGAGGGACACCAACAUGACGGGCAACGUCCGGCUUAACUACGAGGACUUCCUCUCAGGGGCCAUCACCAGGCUCAUGUGAGCGUCAUAAUUAAGAACUCAUCCCCCGCACCCCAGCUGGUGCUUUACAGUUGACAUAUCAAGUAGUACAUCCUGUUAUUCGUUUCAAUAAUAACCAAACCCAACUGAGAGUGGACUGGGUGAUGUUAAGCGGUAGUUUUCAAAUAACAAUUAACGUAUUGAAUAAAUAGCAGGAAAUGAUUGCAUCACCACCACAGAUGCUUUUCUGUUUGCUUCACACUCCAUAACAUUUUAUUAACCUUCUUAGUGGCUUGUAUUUCAUCGACACCAAAUACCCUUCCCUCAAAAGAUGUCUAUUACGAUACUCAAUGAUUUACAGUAUAUAUGAACAAUGAAGUUGUUUACAUAAAUCACAAUAAUGUUAGGAACAAUCAAUUAUAUUUAGAGAUUGUGGGGAAAGUGUCCUCUGAAACCUCAAAAUGUAUUUUUGUACCACGAUACCACUGAUUUCCUGCAAUUUUAUAAAUGUUUAUCAAAAUAAAAGUUGAUUUAAAACAAA